AUGGCUACAAAAGAUCAUGUCGCUGGCUAUACAAAGUAUUUUGGGAAGAGAUUUGCAAACUUAUCCCCAGAAGCAACAACAGAGGAGCAGAUAAAAGAUGUGUACAAAGAAUGGGCGAGCAAGUUUGAUGAGGAAAACUCUAACGCACGGAUUGUCUGCCACAAGCCCCAAGCUGAAUGCUUAGACUCUGCCAUUAAGAAAUACCUGGACAAACCGAAAGAGGAAAUUAAAAUCAUUGAUUGUGGAGCUGGCACGGGCUGGGCUGGUGUCGAGCUCAACAAACUUGGGUACACCAACCUGUGUGCUCUGGACAUUUCACAAGAAAUGUUGGAUGAGGCGAAGAAGAAAAAAAUCUACCAAAAAUUUAUCUGCGCCCCUCUAAAUGACCAGCAAAGUCCUGAGGUUAAAACCGGAGAGUACGACGCCAUGAUUUGCAUUGGUACGCUGGCUUCUGCGCAUGUCAAACCUGCAGCUUUGGUUGAAAUGAUUCGGAUGAUCAGGACUGGUGGUCUGGUGAGUUUUAACAUUCGGUAUGGUGAGCUAGAAAUCUACCAACCAAAAAUGGAAGAGCUGGAGAAAGCACGCAGCUGGGAAAAAGUAUCCAAAGAUACAGUGCCUCAGUUUGAUGUAGAUGACAUGCCUCCGACUUCUACUUUCUUUGUUUACAAAGUCUUGAAAUGUUAGUGCUACCACUAACAAGACCACAACGAGGAUGAAGUAGAUGAAUCAAAUCUUUUGAGAAUAAAACACAGGUUUUUUUUCUGGAAA